AUGGGAUUGUUCAAGCUCGUGAAUCGUGCGCGUCGGAGUUUGCGAUAUGAGCACAAAGCGAUUGAAGAGGAUGGAAAUGCAAGUUCCGCUGUGCUCACGGAGCUUCAAGCUGAGCGGCCCCGGGGAGUGGCUCCGCUUCUUCCGCUGACCAAGCGCCUAAUUGGGCGGGCGGGCGCGCGUCCCGCGCUUGCGCCUAAUUGGCCGCUGGAGCGAAUCAUUGACUAUUCCACAGUCAACAGAAACAAUAGG